GCGGAACAAAGACAGGAUGAAGAAGCUAUUUGUGCUUGUCCUCUGCCUCACCUUACUGACUUGCUUCUCAGGGGCCUCUCCGAUUCUGACGGAAAAGCAGGCCAAGCAGCUCCUGAGAUCCCGACGGCAGGACAGGCCAAGCAAACCCGGGUUCCCUGACGAGCCCAUGCGGGAGUACAUGCAUCAUCUGCUCCGCCUGGAGCACCGGGCCGAGGAGCAGUUCCUGGAGCACUGGCUGAACCCUCACUGCAAGCCCCACUGUGACAGGAACGUGGUCCAUCCCGUGUGAGGGGCUCGGGACCAGCCUCUGCAAGCAUUUUCACAAGCACCCACCUGGCUACUGUCGAAACAGGACGAGGCUCCUUCUUUCGUUUGUUUUUCAGUUGCGGAAAUGGAUGGGUUCAGACCUUGUGAGCUGUGGCCACAGCAGAGGUUGCUUUGGGGAUUGAUGGCAAAUAUAUACACGCUGCUUCAUUUUACUAACCUGUGUCAGUCACUAAAGCCAAUAGCUUAACGUAUAACGGGCGUCCCCCCCCCCGCCCCCACCAUGGUCUUCCUACAGGUUUGAUUGGGUGGGCAGAAGGGGGAGCUUCCCUGGGGCUGAUGAGCGGGCAGUUGGGGCAAGCUGCCCACCCUGACGACUCGAGGAAGUCUUGCACUGAGGAGUGAAGCUCACCAGGGGGUUGGUGGGGGGGACGGGCGCUGCGGAGCUGCUUGGUCAUCUACUGUCCGCCCCCCCCCCCGCCCCGUCUGCUUUAAUAAACG